AAAUUAAAUGAUCCCAAAUUUAAAGGGCAAAAUGCCAACAACAUGUAACCUCCCAAAAUCAGCAUUUUUCUCAACUCCAAACUAUCAAACUAUUAAUUCUACCAUAUAGACUUUCUAUAUAUACAUAGUAGAGAAGUACUACUCCAAAUCAAAGAGAGAAAAGGUUGAGUUGAAUUGAGUCGAGUUAGUUCAACGAUGGCCAUUUUGAUCAAGACUUUCAAGGCUUUCGCUGCGAUCGCAGUGCUCGGAAUGUUAUUAUCUAGCAAAGACAAUAUCACUGUCUACGGGCAGUGCAAGGGCAAUAUGGAAGAUAUGGUUGCUCGUUGCGGCAACGUUGCCCAAAUAGGGGCACCGGAGGAAGACCCGUCUCCAGCGUGUUGCAACGCCGUGAGCACGGCGGAUGUUAGGUGCAUGUGCCAACAUAUGACGGCGGAGGCGGAGAGGGUUCUAGACAUGAGCAAGGUGGUUCAUGUUGCAGACUUUUGUGGGAACCCAAUUCCCCAUGGAAGCAAGUGUGGAAGCUAUACAGUUCCAUGAAGCAGCUGCUAAUUGGAAGAGUAGAGAAAGAGUAAGAAAAUGGGUUGUAGCUUAAGCUUUAAUGAAAUGGCUUCUACCUCAAAACUUGUAAUUGUACUUGUACUUGCAAGGAAAUAAAAUUAUAUAACCUAAAUAUAAGAACAUGAGUUAUGAUCUUAUAGUUUCAUUUGGGUGAGUGAUGUGAAUCUUAUUCAUUUAACUAAUAUUAUUAGGGCUUAAAUACUAUUUUAUUCCCCGAUUUUGAUUCACUUUGUUUAAACUUUGUUCAUUUUAGUCAUUCUACUCUCGGAACGUCUACUUUGGUCUUUUGUACUUUUAAAA